AAGAACAGAUCCGACGAGUUUGCUUCAGUUGAGCCAUCGACAUGGAUCACAAAGCAACAUUACUGCUAGCGAUAGCAGCGGUUCUCGGCUACGCAAGUGGCUUCGAAUCUCUGAUUCCGGAUAACAAGGAAUUGGUUUACCAUUAUCAUGCUACCAUAAAGGCAGGCACCCACGUACCUGCUUACUACUCCUCUGCAAUGGUACUCGAUGGUAAAUUGCACGUCCAAAACGACAGGAAUUCGACCUUCAUGCAGUUCUCCGACCUCAAGUACAAGAUGCACAAUGGCAAGUACAACGAUUGGCACGAAUUCGAAGCCACCGAACUUCCUUUGCCAGCCGAAUUAGCCGAGUUAUACAAGACCUUCCAAGUCGUCCAUGACGCCUCUGGAAUUGCCGUCGGUCUUGCCACCGAAUGCGAACAGGAAUUCGUCAUCAAUUUCCAAAAGGCUUUGGGAUCGGUCAUGCAAUUGGACAUGCAACAUUUGAAAUUGGAUUCGGAAAAAUCGUAUGCCUUCCAGAGCGAAGAAUACGGUCUUCACGGUAAAACUAAGCAAUUCUACAACGUCAUUCCAAGGAAAGAUUUUGUCAGAGUUGAGAAGAUGCUUGAAACCGACAGCUCCAGAUACAUGCACGAGGCUUUAACAUCCAACGUUAUCCCGCAAAUGUGCGAUGUUAAAUAUAGCGAACCAUUGACUGCUGACAGCCAACGCGUUUACAACAUCAUCAAGAAAGACGGUGAACACGUUAUGGAUAAGAUUGAAGCCACCGGCGGAAUUUACUAUCAUCCAUUGGAAGGCGAAUCCGAAGCUUACCACGUUUUCUCCAACGUAUCCUUGCAUUUGUUGACCGUCGAACCAAUCAAGACCAAAUUGGAUUGCGGAUUCAAGAACUUCCAACAUGGCUUCAACUAUCAGACCGCCAACAUUGAAGAUGUUGUCGGAGGACCAUUGCCAGACAUCACCAACGGCAGACGCUCAUGGAAACAAGAGGACUUGGUCGAAAAGGUCUACAAAAUGCUUACCGAAGCUUCUCAAUACUUGAGGCAUCAUCACAUCGACGAUAAACCAGUCAAUCACGAACAUGGACAACUCGUCAACCGCAUCGUCAGACUAAUGAUGCACAUGGACUCUACCUCCUUCAAGAAAAUGCACGAAAAGCUCUUGACCAGCAUCUCCGAAGAAGAUAAAUUCAAAGAAGUUUUGCAAAUCUAUUACAACAUUGUUCCUCUCGUUGGAACCGCCGGUGCCAUGCAUCACAUUAAGGAAUUGGUUAAGGCUAGGCAAGUAAAGGAGAAUGUUGCCAUUGAAAUGCUCGAAAAGAUGGGUUUGUCAGUUAAAGUUCCUAACAAGAAGCUUGUCGAUGAUAUGGAAGAUUUGAUGAACCUGGGCGAUGACUGCACGUUGAAUACACGCAAAGCUGCGCUCUACUGCUUUGCCAAUAUCGUGCAAAAAGCCACUUACAAGGAAGUCAGACAUAACCAGAACAGCCACAUCAUGAGGAGCCAAGAAAGUUGCAAGCACUCCUUGCCUGAACCAAGAUGGAACACCGCUCAAUUCCCAAGCACAAAACAUUACCUAAAGUACGUCAAUGAGAUCAUGAAGAGACUGAAGGCCACCGAAGACUAUAACCUCAGAAUUCACUACAUGCAAGUAUUAGGAAACAUGAGAAUGGAUUCCGUUGUCGAGCACUUGAUCCCAGCUGUAAAAGGAGAAAUGUUUGAAGAUGAAUAUCUGCGAUUGGUCGCCGCCAAUGCCAUCAUGCCAAUGAUCAGCAGGAACCCAGACCUCCUCUUCGAAGUCUUCUUGCCCAUCAUGAGCGAUACCCAUCUCGGUAUGCCUCUGAGAAUCUAUGCUUACUACAUUAUCAUGGAAUCUAGGCCAAACCUGUCCCGUUUGAUUAACAUCUACUGGCAACUACAGAACGAGCGCAGAAACGAUCUGUACCAAUUCCACUACAACUACCUGCAGAAGAUGUCCCAAACUACUGACCCAUGCUCCGAAUUCUUUGCGAUGAGACUCAACCAAAUCUUGAGAUAUACUGAGAAGCCACAGUUCUUUGGAAUUACCGGAUACAACGUCAUGGAUUACAACAACAAACUGUACAAUGCUGGAUUCAAAAUGGAUCUUGUUUCGAUCGUUUCCGAAAACACUAUUUUCCAUAAGUUCUCUACUGAAUACCACUUCGACAGGGCUACAGUUGGCGAUUACGAAGUUAUGGUCAGAAUUGAAGGCUUGGAAAAGCAUUUGGCCGAUUCAUUGAAGAUUGAAAUCCACAACCCAACCGGAUCUCUGUUCAAAAUUGACGAAUUCAUGAAGGUCAUCAAAGACAUCCAAAACAACAAAGAUUUCCAUUUGAACAUUGUCCUUUCAAAGAACAACCAAUUCGUUAUGGACUACAACUACAACUGCGAUAACAUUAAAGACAUCUCCAAGUUCUUCAGUAUGUGGGCCGAUGAACAAACCAAUUUGGUCAAACGAUUAAUCAAUAUCGAUUAUAUGAUUAGUACCACCAUCUUCAUGACAUCCGAUAUUGGUUUCCCAAUUGUCUUCCAAAAAUACAUUCCAUCCGUCAAAUACUUUGAUUUCGAAAUCACCAAGGAGAAUGCCAACAAGUUGAUUGCCUUCCACGUUGAGAGCACCAUGAAAGUAUGGACUUACUCAAGACGCGGCCUCUCCUUCUACAAUCCAAUCGCCGAUGUUUGGCAAGGAGUCAACAAGUAUUACGCUUUGGAUGUUGCUUUCCCAACCCGUUUCGAUUUGGUCUUCAACCCACAACAGAGAAGCUUGAAACUGUCUUGGAAGAGAUUCGAUAAGGCAGAGGACAAUAUUAUCGGUCUCAAAUCGCAUGUUCAAUCGAUUGUAUUCGUUAAGGAUGACUUCGAAACUAAAUUGUUGCAGAAAUGCAGCCCGAAGAACCAAAACUUCGAAGUCGUUGGAUUGCACAUUGAUGAUUCUAAAGUCCUCAAGAAAGUUGAUGACGUUAAUACCGGCUACAAAACGAUUGUCCAAACAUUCGAUUCUGACCGUCAUAUGGAAAACCUCCAAUUCAUUAAUGCCAACAAUUUAUUGGAUUUGAUGGAAUUUAACCAUGAAACUAUCGUAGGUCAUUCAAUUUCUAUCUUCAAGCAUUGGCUUGAAAUAAUGUUACUCCAACCGAGACCAGUCAAGAACGGCCUUCUGUACAAACUAGAGCCAAGUCUGGAAUUCCCAUACACCCAGAACGAUCUUACAAUCCGUUUGAAUUCUGAAUUUAAACAAUGCGAUACCGUUCUUAGGCCAGGAGCCAAAUACAACUGGCGUGCCACUUAUGUCCUCAAGAACAAAGAGAAGGCUGUCAGGACUUGGGACAUGACCUUAGUCAGCGAAGCCAACACCGGACAAACAUGGAGAGGACUUAAGAUGCAAAUCAGCCGUUUGAUCCCUGGACAAAACAACUUCAUGAUUUGCUUGGAUGGUUCGAAGAAAUGGAAGAACGACAAAGUUGAAUUAAGCUUAGACGUGGCCACUAGUCAUUCCGAAGAAACCAAAUGCAGCGACAGCGAUGUCAUUUUGAAAAUUACCGGUGUCGGAGAGAAAUCCGAGGAGCAAAAGUCUGGAAAACACCAGUACAAGCUCUGCGAGGAGCGUUUGUGGGCCGAUGUGGAAGAUCUGCAAAGCAUGGAAUGUUACGAAGCUUACACUUCUCUCAGGAAAUACACAUUCAACGUUAAAACUCAUAACAUACCGUCCGAAUACUUGUCUGGUUUCUUGGCCAAGAUUCACAAUAACUAUUACAAACCUUUGGUCGAAUUUGAAAGGCCUAGCAAAGUAAUUGAGAAGGGCACAACCGAGGUGAUCCUCGAAUUCCCAAUGGGCAGCACCGACUCGUACAUUACUGUACACAAUGAUAAAUUCGAUAUUAAUAUGUUAGUACCCAAACAGUGGCACUUGUGGAACAUGAUCAUGAGGCCAGAUAACACCGAAGGAUCCAGACUGUUGAAAUCGAUGUACCGUUUGGGUAUGACCCAUAUAUGCUUAAUUGAUGAAUCUUCCCAUGAGAACGAACACGAUGAGUACGUUAAAUACGAAAUGCCGACCGAAUGGACCAUGUACAUUGGAGAUGAAGAAACUAGCUGCCAUCACGGCGUCUUCACCAAGAGGAUCGAGGGAACUGACAACAUCGCUGUAAAAGUUCUUCACAAUUCGCACGUAUUCGAAGUCUACCCCAAGGACGGACAUUAUGUCUUCAACAUCGAUGGAAAGGAGGUGUCUGACACCCAAUAUUCCUGUGAAUGGGUGUACUAUUUGUGGGCCAAGGAGAGCAACGUCGUCAACAUCAUGACCAGCCAUUACGAAUUCAACAUGUUCUACGAUGGAAGACAUUUGGAAAUUGUUAUGCCAAAAUUCAAUACCAAAUUCUACGGAAAAUGUUUCGAUAAAAGCCAUUAAUUACAUUUAAUCAAUUCACGCAAUUAUCAAUAAUAUUAAUAAUAUAUUUUUCUAAUGCAAAUUA